UUGAAAAAUGUCGCACGUCGUACGAGUUGUCGCACGGUUUUGAUUUUACCGUUUCGAUAUCGAUUAGUCGAAAGGACGACAAACGUGCGACAAACAUUCGACAUGCUCGACAUUGUUUUUUUUUUCCAUCGAUUUACCUUCAAUUCGACGUCGAUUAUCGUCGACGCAAACAGUUUGACAGUUCUCUUCAGUUGAUCUUGUUCGGACUUGAUUGCAACCGAGUCGAACCAGUUGUUGUUAAUUUUAGGCUUUGGGAGGAUUUUGGACAGUUUAAAGGUAAGUUGUGUUCUAGGUUGAAUUACUUUUUCUGCCGGAAAGUUCCGGCCGGAGUGGGCAAGCGACCGAAUCAAAGUGUUUUGUAUUCCAGAUUCCGGUCUUUGUGGCGGUAUAGGAGGAAGAGGAGGAGGAGGAGGACGGGAAAUAUGGUAUACUCGGCGGGCAUUCCGGAAGACGGGACAAGAAGGAACCAGUUUGCGAUCGAGGAACUGGUUGGUGUUUGUUGUUUUACUUUCCGCGGGAGGAUGCGAUGCAUAUCUAAUGAAACUGGCAACAAACGUAUUCCAAUCAGAUCCUGCCGUCCACGUGUGGUCCCGCGUUGCAUCCGUAGAACCCACGGAAGCAGCCACGUUGUUUCGUACGCAUACUCCACAAACCCACAUUGUCUCGUACUCCGGUGGCCAUCAAUCCGUCGGAGAUCCAAGAUUGGCUUCGCAUCCCUGUACAACUUUGAUCAGCUCGUCGGGGAUCAAAAGUCCAGCAUGACCAAAAUGCUGCCAGGAGAACACCAAUCCAAGCCCGAAGCUGCGGUCAAGGAAAAUCAUGGAAUUUUGAGAAGAAUCUGCGAUCCGAAAGUUUAAUUGAGUAAAAAGGCUAAUAUUAUUGUGAAAUUUUGUGCGUCUGAAUAAAAAAAAUAAAUAAAAACAAAACCACAUGUUUUUAACUGCAACAUAACCUAAAAAUUAGAAUUGACAGCACACGACAAUGGCACGACAUCCUAAAUAACAAAACCGUGCGACGUCGGUCGAAUGUCGUACGACAAUGUCGUACAAUUUCGAUUAUCGAUCGCACGACAAAUACGACAUUUUGGUGCAAAAACGUAUGACAUUUGCGCGACAGUCGCACGACAUUGUCGUGCGACGUCGUACGAAUGCACGGACGACAAACGACGGACGUCCGACGGACUUUUCAGUCAGGGUUUC